AUGAGGGAACCUUUAUUGUUAGUGGUAUUAGCGUUGCUCAUAAUGCUUGCCGGCUCCCAAUUCGAAACUGGUCGCCUCUGUUUCUGUAAAAGCGAUGAGGCUGUGGAGCCGUGUGAUUGUCGUGAACCAAAAAAUAUUGAUAUCCUUAAUAAAUUGAUUCACGAAAAGUUGCAAAAGCUUCUCAAGAAGGAUUUCUUCCGGUUUUACAAGGUAAUAUUCUUCAAAUAUUAUUAGUUUAACGUUUUGCGAGUUUCAGGUCAACCUUGAUAAAACAUGCCCUUUCUGGGCAGAUGAUCGUCAAUGCGGCACUAGUCAAUGCGGAAUUGCAUUCUGUGAUGACGAAGUGCCAGCCGGUCUGCGAAAACGAAAUAUCAUCAACAUGGUACGGAGACGAGUGAAAGAUCAGAAUCAUAAUGACCGCUGGAACGACACCACGAGGAUCUCCCUUGUUCAGGAAGAAGAGUCAGGAGAAACAGCUCUCGAAGAAUGCACAGAUGCAGGCAACAAAAUCGACCCAAUGGAUCGGACGCUUCAUGAUUAUGAGAAACGACAGUUGGAUGCCAUGGAUCAUCAUGACGAUGGGCUCGAAGACAAGUUCUGUGAGAUUGAAGGUACUUUGUCCUUUUCAAUUAAAAAUACGAAGCGUUUUUCUGCACUCAAUAUUUCUUUCGUUUGGUCACCUGCUUCACAUUCGUUUAUUUGAUUCCACUAGUGUCAUUCAAUUCCUAGGAAUAGAAUGACCGUUAUUGUUUGUAAACAUUGAAUGGCAAUGCAGACUAUUUUAUUUUCAUGGCCAGGGACCCAAAUAACAUUUUCAGACGACGACUCAAGUGAGAUGCACUACGUGGAUCUGUCGAAAAAUCCUGAAAGGUACACAGGAUAUGCAGGAAAGUCGCCACAGCGAGUUUGGAAGUGUAUCUAUGAGGAAAAUUGCUUCAAGUAUCAUUAGUAAAAUAAUUUUUUCUCACUCCAGAUGUUUUUAGACCGGAUCCGAAGUUCGAUAAGAAUUUCCUGACGAAUCCUAGCAACUUUGGUUAGUUUUAAAGUUUUUCACAUAAUGUCCGAACUAGGCUGGUCGAACAGGCUCCUGAAAAAACAGGCGCAGGCGCCUGAAAUCGCCUGUUCGACGAGCCUAGUCCGAAAAUUUUGUAAAACCCAAAUGGCUUCGUUCUAAAACAUUCACGGCUAGAAGUAACAUUAGCCUUAUAACUUUACAACCUUCUAACAUGGCCAACACCAUAUAACUUAUUCAGAAGGUACGUUUGGCGUUGAAUGCACGGCUGUAACAGACAGGGGACAUUGAAUAUUGGUGAAUCAGUUCAUUUUUUACCGUGUGUAAUGUCCAUGUAUGUCACAAAUAGCAGAACUUACAAAUUUUUUUCAGUCAAACUAACUUAUUCCAUCUGCUAGCAUGCCCGUUUUUAUUGCUUAUCACACCCUUCCGACUGUUUUGGGGGCUUCCACUUUUUUCGCCCCGAGCUUUAAACUUUCUCUACAUUUCCCACUGUCUUUUCCAGAAGGGCUUUUCAUUAUAUCCGAUUACGAGCUUCAAAUUAAAAAAGAAAACAAUACGUUUACAGGAAUGUGCCUGGAGAAGCGUGUAUUCUACAGGCUCAUUUCCGGUUUGCACUCUGCCAUCACAAUUUCCAUUGCUGCCUACAACUACAAACCUCGUAAGUCGAUGAAAAAACAUGCUUAUACAAAAUAGCCAUCUCCAGCCCCAGCGAGUCUUGGCCAAUUCGGCUCUCAGGUGCAAGGAACCUGGUUCAGAAAUACAGAGAUGUUUGUCGGUCGGUUUGGAACUAAAUGGUCUUGGGAAGGACCACAGAGACUUCGAAAUGUAUACUUUGUCUACCUUCUCGAGCUCCGAGCUCUAUUGAAAGCAUCACCUUACCUUCAAAAUGAAUUGUUUUACACUGGAAACGAAAAGGAAGACGCAGAGACCAGGAAGGCGGUCGAGGAACUACUGGAGGAAAUUCGUACCUACUCUGACCACUUUGAUGAGUCCGAGAUGUUCACCGGAGUUGAAUCGCACGCUAGAGCGCUACGAGAAGAAUUCCGAUCACAUUUCGUCAACAUAUCCAGAAUCAUGGAUUGUGUUGAAUGCGACAAGUGUAGAUUGUGGGGAAAGGUAACCAAACUGUCACGACUAAUACAAUUAGAAGUUUUUACGGGAAAAUUCAAGAAAAGCCCCCCAGAUUAUAAACAACCUUAGAAAAACCCCCCAUCUGUACAAAAAAGGUGGGGGCUUUUUCCUGGGGCUAUUGUUUAAGAACUAGGUAUUCUUAAAGAAAAGUCCCCAUCCCCCUCCUUUUCAGCAGAGGAUAUAUUCAAUAUUAGUCCCCCACCAUUCAAAUACAGCCCCACACUUAUUAUAGGGGCACCGGACAGAAAGGGCGCGCUGUUCGCAAUCUGGCCGAAUUUCUAGUCCGCGAAGUAAUUUUCCACUGAAAAUGUGGCCUAACUUUUCAAACUCGGCCCCGAGGUCGCUCAAUUUGCACUGCAAAAAGAUUUUAUCAACAGAGCGCCAUUUCUGUGCGGUGCCCCUAUAAUAGAAAAGCCCCCCACUCGUGUGAAACAUAUUAAAUAUCGGCCCCCACCAUUCAAUAAUAGCUCCCCACCAUUCAAUAAUAGCCCCCCGUUUGAGAUGAUUUUAUCAACAGAGCGCCAUUUCUGUGCGGUUUGCUUUUCAGUGCAGCCUUUCAAAAAUAACCUCUACUGAAUUCAUUUAUACCACCCCACUUCAUUCAAUAACAGCCCCCGCCCCCCUGGUGGGGGUCUUUCUUAAGAUGAUAUUAGGGAGCUUUUUUUCAAUUAGGGGGGACUUUAUUUGAAUAUACCCGUUUUUACUUCAGGUUCAAACGCACGGAAUGGGAACCGCUCUGAAAAUCUUGUUCUCCGACUUGCCCCACUCUCAUUAUAAACACGACUCGUCUAAAUUCCAACUUACAAGGUAGCAGCGCACUGCGUGCUUAAUGUAAAGAUAUUGGGAUUUCAGAAAUGAAGUAGUAGCUCUACUUCAAAGUUUCGGUCGAUACUCGUCUAGUAUUCUGGAGGUCGAUAACUUCCGAAGAGACAUUUAUCCUGAAGAACUUUCGGAUGUACAGACAGAACGAACAACAGAACAAGAUGAACUUUAG